GUGACAACAACAUGGCGUCGUCUGCUACACUCAGACUCUCUGUUAUACAGAGACAUUUAUCCUCACAGAGACGUGAGGAAGUGUCAGGUGAUGGCCAGGGCGGCGUGGGCGUGGAGGAGAGGUGUGGAGGUGCGAGGAGAGGGUGUGAGGGCGUGGUGUGGGCGGCAACAGGUGGCGGGGAGAGGCAAGAUGGGCAGGGAUCUGAUAACAAUCCUCUCCCAUCACUGCCCAGGAGACGACAAGAAGUGCUGAAAUGGAAUGGCUGGGGUUAUAAAGAUUCACAGUUUGUGGUUCACAAGGAGAAGGAUUACUAUGUAUCCUUUACAGGAAACAGGUACAAAAUUGGCAAUCUGGUUUUGCCUCACUUUGCCAACUGGGUGAGGGAGACUUUAGGGGUCAACUUUGAUGAUUGCACCCCUCCUCAACCUCCGCCUCAACCUCAACACUUUCCUCAACCAACUAUACAGCAAGACUUCCUAGAUGAAAUACAAACAUUGGGGAUAACCCAUAGUUUAGAGGGAGAGGACCGGCUCUUCCGUGCUCAUGGCCACACACUGGCAGAAAUAUUCACACUUAGAGAAGGAAUGUUUCCAAGAAUCCCAGAUUUAGUAGUAUGGCCUAAAAACCAUAGUGAGGUAGAGAAACUUGUCGACUUGGCUUGUCGAUGCCAGACUGCUCUCAUACCAUUCGGUGGCGGCACCAGCGUCUCCGGAGCUUUGUUAUGCCCAGAAGAGGAGAGCAGAAUGAUAGUGUCCCUAGAUACCUCACAGAUGUGUCGUAUCUUGUGGUUAGAUGAAAAGAAUUUAACAGCGAGGAUUGAAGCUGGUAUUAUUGGGCAAGAUCUUGAAAAACAACUUCAUGUCCGAGGCUACACUACCGGCCACGAGCCUGAUUCCUAUGAAUUUUCUAGUCUUGGUGGAUGGGUUGCAACCAGAGCUUCAGGGAUGAAGAAAAACAUUUAUGGAAAUAUUGAAGACCUUGUGGUACAGGUGAAGGUGGUGACCCCGGUGGGCACAGUGGAGCGUUACACAGCGGGUCCCAGGCUCUCCGCUGGCCCUGAUGUCCACCAUUUCAUUCUCGGCUCUGAAGGUACAUUAGGUGUGAUAACAGAAGUGACCAUUAAGGUUCGACCUCUGCCUAUCAUCCAGCGCUAUGGUUCCAUUGCUUUCCCAGACUUCGCCAGUGGAGUGAGCUGCAUGCGAGAAGUUGCACUACACCGCUGCCAGCCUGCCUCCAUUCGCUUAAUGGAUAAUGAACAGUUUAAAUUUGGCCAUGCUCUGAAGCCUCCGACUGGCUUGUUGGGUUUGCUGACCGAUGGCAUCAAGAAAGUAUAUAUCACACGCAUUCGAGGAUUUGAUGUGAACUUAAUGUGUGUUGCAACUCUCCUCUUUGAAGGUUGUGAGCAGGAGGUGACUUCACAAGAGAAGCGGUUAUAUGCCAUAGCACUCAACAAUAAAGGCAUCCCAGCAGGUGAAGCUAAUGGGGAGAGAGGCUACAUGUUGACAUUUGUCAUAGCUUACAUACGGGACUUGGGAUUUGAUUACGGCAUAGUUGCUGAAUCUUUUGAAACAUCCGUUCCCUGGGAUCGUGUUUACACUCUCUGCCAUAAUGUGAAGCAUCGGAUCAAGUCGGAAUGUAAAGCUAAAGGAAUCCAACACACCUUUGUUACAUGCCGAGUAACUCAGACCUAUGAUGCUGGAGCCUGUGUGUACUUCUAUUUUGCCUUCAACUAUAGAGGCCUCUCAGAUCCUGUGCAUGUUUAUGAAGAGAUUGAGGGUAAUGCUCGUAAUGAAAUCCUGGGAUGUGGUGGCAGCAUCUCCCACCACCAUGGCGUAGGCAAGAUCCGACGUCAGUGGAUGAAUCAGACCUUCUCGGAGCCCAGCUUGGGUGCCAUCAGGGCUGUUAAACAAUAUUUUGACCCUGACAACAUAUUUGCCAAUGGCAACUUGUUAUAAAGAUUUUUGGGGGGCAUUUUGGAAGUAAAUAUUGUUGCUUGCCACAGCUGUUGAUGUUUAUCUCUGGGAACAUUGGAAUGCCAGUAUAGUUAUGUAUGGAAUUUUCUUAUGCACUUAAGCCAAAGUGUUGAGAGUUUUAUCAUGGUUUACAGUUUUAUAAAUGUGGCUGUUCUAAAUUUUAAUACACUGUAUUAGUCUAUAUGUUUAUGAAAAGUCGUAUGAAUCACGAAUGUAGGAAGUGAAUGAUUUAUAGGAAAGAAAACAAAUAUGUAUAUGUGCAUAAUUUCUAAAUGGUUAAAAUGUAUUUAUAAUUUCUUAAGACAACCUUGUCAUUGUCUUUGUGUACCUUGAUACAACUUGCUUUGUGUCCCUGACACAAGUGUGCCGCACAAGUUAAUGAAACCAGGGAUUUUUUGUUUUUACCUGUUUUAUAUUACAUCUUGUAAUUGAAAAUGUGAAAUGGGGUUCGAACCCACUUCAAGCAAUUCCUAAAAUCACAGGCCAGUGCUUUAGAACUCGCUAGCCAUGGGUUCAGAUCUCAUUUGUUUUGUGGCUUAUAAAUGCAUCGCUUGGGAAAGUAGCCUCAGUAAACAAAAUAUAAAUACGGUAGUCCCUCCAUAUCCGCCGGGGGGGGAUACUUUCCAAGACCUACUGUGGAUAGUAGCAAACCCAGUACACGAGUCAUUUUUUGUUUACAUACAUACCUAUGAUAAAGUUUAUUUAAUAAAUUAUUCAAAAUAAGUCUAGAAUUAGCACUUUUUCAUUGAUGAGAAGCACUUCACAGCUUCUCUUAGGUUUUGAAGAACUGCCACCAUCAUCACUUUUGUGCUUUGGGACCAUUAUUAUGCAAAAUUAAGAGGUAUUUUGGGGCCACAGUAAACUGCGUAUAAGUGAAACUGCAGAUACAGAAUCCGUGGAUACGGGGAUUCUACUGCAAGAUGUUGCGGAGGCUUGAUCCUCCAUCUGCUAAGUGUGAGACAGACGUGCAUCUUGUACUCACCUGUGCAUUGUGAGUACUAAUAGAAAGCACGUCUGUCUCUUACUCUGCAGACGGAGGAUCAAGCCUCCACAAUGUUUCGUCAUUUUUUUCAUCUUAUUGGUAUAUAUGUGUAGAUAUACUAUCUGUGGUCCUGUAUAAUGAGUUUUUUUACAAGAAGAAAAUGUUCAGAUACAUAUUUCUUUAAUGUUGAUAUUGCAUAUAUAUAUUCAGCUAAAAAUAUUUAAAUGGUCAUUUGUACGUGAACUUUAAAAGGAAUUUAGUUCUGUAUUUAUACCAAAACCAGAGAAGUUUGUAACGCACUGGCCUGCGUGUUUCAGGACUCUUGCCAUGAGUUAAAGCCCCAGUCAUUUCGUGAUUUAUGUGAUAAAAUUGAUUGGCCAGAAGUGCAAAUUUACAAUAAUGAUAGGUGAAUACUUCUUGAACAUUUGUCCAUGUUGCACAAAGGUUUUAGCACAAUCAAUAUUUACCUGUUGCAGUGUAGUACUGAUAUUUUGUAAAGAUUUAUUGUGUGUGUAUUGGCUGCCUCUUGAUCACAUGACAUAGUAUUAAUUUUUGAUCUCUGUAAUAUAGUUAUUAUUUCUUACAAAGAAGCCACCAUCACAAAAAUAGUAUGUAGCAUGAGAAUUUAAAGGCACAAUAUCGUGACUGGAACGAUACCCAGAUAACCCCAUUAACUAGUUAGUCGCUAAUUAAUGGUCCAAGUUGGACCAAAAGUCAUCAUAAGAUUGUCUCUUAUUUGUGGGUUAUCUGUGUGUGUAAUACGAGCAAGAGAAAUCUGUAAAUUUGAAGUAAACAAUUGAAUGAAUAAUG